AGCUGAAAUCCUUCAGUUUCGGGCCAGAAAAAUAAUAAAGCACAUCUAGGUGUGCAAAAUGUCCGAGGAGACGGUUGUUAAAAUAGAUGUUUACACAUCUGCGAGACCUCAAGAUGUAGAGAAGUCUGGAAAUGUGCAAACUCACGAAAAGGUGGAUUUGGAUAAAAUACUUGUGGAGGAAGUGGGACAAUUUGGAAAGUAUCAAAUACUAACGGUACUUUUAGCUGCACUACCUGUGAUAUUUUCAGCGUUUGCCGCGGGUGAAUACAUUUUUACAACAGCAAGAAUUCCGAGCAGGUGCCUAAUACCUGAAUGUGAUCCAGAUUUACCCGAAUAUCUACCCUCGUGGAUCUCAAACGCCAUCCCAAAUGAAGAGAACAGUAACACCAUCGACAACUGCCAGCGAUACCCAACUGCUACCAUCACUAAUAGCUCCAAUGUUUGUCCAGCUUACUGGUUCAACAACGAACUCAAAGUGAACUGCGAGGCAUACGUUUACGAAAAUGACUUGAGCGUUGUCUAUGAUUUCGACAUGGCUUGCGACGAAUGGCGUCGAUCCCUUAUCGGGUCCAUAAGGACUGUUGGCACGCUCCUUGUCCUGCCCAUCACUGGGUACAUAUCAGAUCGCUGGGGCCGUCGGGUGGCCCUCACUUUGAAUGCCUUUAAUACUGGCUGGAUAGGUCUCGUCCGAUCAUUUGUCAACUCCUACGAAUGGUUCCUGACGUUGGAGGUUCUUGAGUCCACUAUCGGAGCUGGGGCUUAUUCGUCUUGCUAUAUUUUAGUGACUGAGCUUGUCGGGCCACAAUAUCGUGUAGUGGUCGGUGCAACCAUGUCUACACUUUUCGCAGUCGGUCAAGUGAUCCUUGGUCUAAUAGCGUGGGCAGUGCCGCAGUGGAGGUCAUUGACCCAGGCAGUAUACGCUCCUCAAUUACUCGUAGUCUCAUACUUCUGGAUUCUAUCAGAAUCGGUCAGAUGGCUCAUGAGCAAGGGACGUUACGAGGAAUCGGAGGAAAUCCUCAAGAAAGUCGCGAAGAGAAACAAUAAAGUGCUGUCGGAAAAAUCUUUAGAAGCAUUGAGAGCUACAGCCGAAGCUGAAAAGACUAGAGAAAAACCUAAGGAAGUUUGGUUGCCAUUACAAGUGAUUAGAUCCCGACUGAUCCUAUUUAGAUGCAUAGUAUCGCCGAUAUGGUGGAUAACUAAUACCCUUAUUUACUAUGGCAUGUCAAUCAAUGCGGUGAAUCUAUCUGGUAAUAGAUACGUGAACUACAUAGCCGUGGCAGCUGUCGAGAUACCUGGCUACUGGACGGCUAUUCUGUUACUGGAUCGUAUUGGCAGAAAACCAGUUCUUAUCAUCGGCUACUGGAUGUGCGCUGCUUGCCAGUUCGCCUUCGCUUUCAUGCCGGAAGGUAACGACGGCCUCUCCCUCACCUUCUACCUGAUUGGAAAGUUCUGUAUCGCGAUGGUGAUGACGUCAGUGUACGUGUAUACCGCCGAAUUGUUCCCCACCAAGUACCGGCACAGCCUCUUCGCUUUCGCAUCUAUGGUGGGACGCCUCGGCUCUAUUACUGCGCCAUUGACGCCUGCCCUUGCUUCGGAGGUGUGGGAGCAGCUCCCAUCAGUGAUGUUCGGUGGCUUCGCGCUGCUCUCCGGUCUGCUGAUAUUCACCACUCCCGAGACUCUGGGGACGAACUUACCUGACACCAUGGAGGAGGCAGAAAACAUCUCCAAGAACUAGCUGACUGAAAAUUUUUU